CGGCGCAGUCCGGCCCAGCGGUGCGGUCCGAGGGCGGCGUGGGGCAGCCAUGCCGAAGGCCAAGGGGAAGAACCGGCGGCAGAAGUUCGCUUACGGCCUCAACCGCAAGCGGCUGUACCGCAACGCCAGGCGCAAGGCCGCGCCGCGCAUUGAGUGCUCACAUAUCCGCCAUGCGUGGGACGCGACCAAGUCAGUGGCGCAGAACCUGGCCGAGAUGGGCCUGGCCGGGGACCCCAACAAGGCCGUCCCCAUCGCCAAGAGGCGGCUGCAGGUGAGCGCGGGCGGGACGGGCCGGUCGUGGGCGCGUGUCUGUGGGCUGAGCUGAAUGGGGGAAAAAGGA